UUCAAGGCGCCUUGAUCUGAAUGAAUAGCGACUCAAAUAACAUUAACAAAUGAAUGUAAAUAAAUACCGCUUCACGUGCUGCAAAAUAUAAACACGCCGUACAGUUAAUAAAUAAUAUAGAUACUGCUCUCAACAUAAUUAUCAAAUGAUGAUAGCAAACGUGGGGUCACCCGUUCUGCCUGGAUUUCGCGUGGAAGAAGCGGUAGAGAUAGCCAAAACGAAUAAAAAGGUUGUUCUCGGACCCGGCUUGAGACAGGAUAAGGACGACAUGGUGAUAGUUUGUAAAAGUGGUGUUCUUCGGAAAAAGCAUCCCAACACAUUUUGGGUGGACUGCUAUCAGAAACGAUACGUACCCAAUCGGGGUGAGAUUGUGAUUGGAAUCGUGGUGCAAAAGGCAGGAGAUAUUUUCCGGGUAGACAUCGGUGCUAGCGAGUCAGCAUCGUUAUCCUAUAUGGCAUUCGAGGGAGCCACCAAGAAGAAUCGUCCGGAUGUUAAUGUGGGAGACGUUAUAUGUGCCCGAUUGCUGAUUGCCAACAGAGACUUGGAACCGGAACUCAUCUGCGUUGAUUCUCAUGGUAAAAAGGCUAAAUUGGGCGUGUUACACGAGGGACUAGUCUUCAACUGUGGCAUCAACUUGGUGAGGAAAAUUUUGAACCCGAAGUGUGCUUUUUUGGAUCUGCUGGCUAAGGAAAUGUCCUUCGAAAUGGCUGCCGGCAUGAAUGGACGAAUAUGGAUUAAAGGGAAGACGGUGAAACAGACGAUUGCCCUGGGGAACGCGAUUCUGGCGGUGGAAUUUAAAUCUAAUGACGAACUAAAGGAUCUCUGCGAUGAUAUAGGAAGUUAUGUAGCUGGAUUUUCGUGAAUGUAACCUCAUAGAAAUACAUUUUUAUUAUAAAAUUCGAUGUGUUUUUCUUCCAAUAAAAAGAGC